ACAUUUCUUAAACGUGCCGAUUGAGUGUCAUUGUCGUACGAUAGAAUAAACAAACGCUCAUACAUAAAUACACGCUCAUAUAUAAUCAAUAGGAUUAAUCAACGUAAAAAAAUCAUGCAUGUUAGUUCGCGUCACGCUAUAAUCAGUAAAUAUAACGGCUUCAGCGGCGCUAGCGCGAUAUCCUCGCCGCCGCCGUCGCCAUGUCGCCGCUCGCCUGCUCGCUGCUCGUACUCGCCGCCUCCGCGCUGCUCGCCGUCGCCGAUGCUACUGUCACGCCCUCGCCUGGCCUAUGUGGAGGAAAAUGCAAAGGAUUUACAAUGGACAUUCCUCCGAGGAUUGAGCACGUUAGCGGUAGCUUUAACUUUAUGCUGGAAACUGACGGGCACAAUGAAGUGCUGAAAGAUAUUCCAGACUACUGCUCAGCGACCGGCAGGGGAAAUAUCGCAAAGCAGAUAGUUGACGUGUGCAACGAAUACAGUGGACCGAUCAAAUACAUCUUCCCACCGGCAAAAGUGCAGGCACUUGGCGAUACCGUGCUGUCACCCGCAUACGCUUCCUGUGAGAAAGACCCCGGGUGUGGUCCUCUCUCAUGGAAUAUCACCCAGAUGUGCAGAAUUGGCCCCUACAGGCGUUAGAGUUGUAAGAGCGCAGAUUUGAACGGGUUGAAAGUAUGAAAUAAAUGUUUAUACAAAUGUA